CCCCCGCGCUCCAAAAGAAUUUUCAAAAGAGGCGUUAAUUUUCGAUCCCAGUCUUCUCCGUCUUCUCCACUGCGUUGCGAACCUUUCUCCCUUCCUCCUCCUGAGUUUUGAUCACACCCUUUCUGUAGUCUCUAAUCAUUUUUUCCCAUGUUGUAAAACAUUUUAA